ACUGACAAAUUUUAAAAUAAUUUUGAAUACGUUUAUGUGAAAAGUUCAGAAGAUUUUUCAAUAUUAUUAAAAUGCUUUGCCCUGAAGGAGAAACAGUUACAAAAGAAAAUGUUCCUAAAGAGGAUACCUGCCCAAAAAAGAGUAGGAAAGUCCCAGUAGAAGGCACUGGUAGCUUAGAAAUAAAUUUAAAAAAUCCGAAGACGUGGAAGAAAUCUAUCACCAAUUUUUUUCGCCAUCAGCUUCGAUCAACUAAAUCUAACGAUGGCGAUCACUCUUCUGGUAGUACAGAGAAAUUUGAAGACAAGGACAUAGCGCCUGAACUGAAAUGGCAGUCCUUAGGAAAAGUUUUCAGACGCCAGACUUUUACUGAUCACUGGAAUAAGGUAACGAAUCAACAAGGAGAAUGUUCAAGUGGUCAAACCAAGAGAAUGCCGGUGAGGAAAGUUCUGUCUAGUUACUUUGGCAAAUCUAAAACUCCGUCAGGAACUGAAGAAAAUUAA